AUGCCCCCUGCUAUGGAGAACGUUAAGGCAAUAACUACACGAGGAGGUAAAACUACACAAGAUCCACCUUAUCCUAACCAUGUCAACAGGAAGAAGGCAAGCCUGGUGGCAGAAGAACCACCUCAGGAGGAGGAACCCAAGAAGGCUCAUGAAGGGAAGAUGGCUCUGCAUGAAUUUUAUGAUACUCAAGUAUUGUCGUUCCCUAUGAGGGCAAAGAAGCCAAGUACAGAUGAGCAGUUCAGCCGCUUUGUUGAGAUGAUGCAACAAGUGAACAUCAACGUGCCUUUGAUGGAUGCGAUGAAGGUUCCAAUCUAUGCUCGCUACAUCAAGGACAUAAUCAACAACAAGCGACCGCUGCCAACUACUGAAAACUUCGACAAAGCCUUAUGUGAUUUGGGAGCCAGUGUUAGUGUGAUGCCGAAGGCAGUCUUCGACCAACUCAACUACACAAAGUUGACACCAACACCCAUGCAGCUGCAACUGGCUGACUCCUCAAUACGGCACCCAGAAGAAAUUGCUGAGGAUGUCCCAGUGAGAGUACGGGACUGCUUUGUCCCAAUCGACUUUGUGGUACUUGAUAUGGAUAAUGAAAAGGAGACUACUCUCAUUCAGGGACGGCCAUUCCUCAAUAGAGUAGAUGCACAUAUUGAUGUGGGGGCUGGAGAAAUCUGA